CCAGAAUUAAUUGAUGACUUCGUCCGAAAUUUCUUCGUGAAGAUGGGAUUAACACGUACUCUAGAUUGCUUUCAAACCGAAUGGUAUGAAUUGAUGCAAAAAGGACAGUUAAACCCAGAAGAUGUUAGCGUGGUGCCCGAUAUUUACACAAAAAAUGAUCUAUUGGAUCAAGAUAUCAAAGUUCUUCAUGGCGAGGUGGAGAAAUUCAAGACAGCUGCACAAAAUGCAAAACAAACUUACAUUAGAUUACGCAAAGAGAGGGACUAUCAUCGUAUGCAUCAUCAAAGAGUUGCUCAAGAAAAGAAUAAAUUAAUAUCCGAUCUUAAAAAAUUAAAAAAGCAUUAUGCACAAUAUGAACCAACACUGACUCAAUUACGACAGAAAUACGAGACGGCAAUGAGAGAAAAAAUGUUAACACGGUUGGAACGUGAUCGAGUGGUUAAUCAGGUACCAAAUCUCAUUAUUUUAGCUCUACAACAACAAAUGGCUACUAUUCCGCCUUUAACCGCUACUUCUGCUGCUACUGAUCUACCUGGUAAGGCUUAUCCACUUUCUUCUCAGAAAUCGUUGGCUUCCCAUGCUACAGGAGAAAAUCGUAGUAAUGAAGCAGUCGUCCAGCGAUCGCCAGAUUCAGAAUUUCCUCCCGAUACUGGCAUUAAUCCCUACUUGACCAUGCAAAAAUCGCCAUGUAUCCAUUUAACAAGAGCUGGCGGAUUACGAUUAAGUAAUACUAUCGAAGCUCAUGAUAUGGCCGUCAGUGGGAUUGCUAUCCAUCCACGUAAGAAGAUUGUGGCAACUGUUAGUGAUGAUAAUAAAUGGAAAAUGUGGGCAAUACCAAGCGGAGAGGCCGUUAUGACUGGUGAAGGUCAUACUGAUUGGAUAUCUGAUUGUUGCUUCCAUCCUGAUGGAACUAAAUUAGCAACAGCAUCAGGAGAUACUACGGUUAAAAUAUGGGAUUUUUCUAAAGCUAAAUGUACGCAAACAUUUAGUGAUCAUUCUCAUGCUGUUUGGGGAGUUUCUUGGCAUACUUGUGGCGAUUUUAUUGCAUCGUGUUCUUUAGAUCAUACAGCUAAAAUUUGGGAUUUAAAUAGUAUCCGUUGCCGCACUACAUUGAGAGGUCAUACUGACUCAGUCAAUAGUGUUUCUUUUUUGCCGUUUUCAAAUACAUUGGUAUCAAGUUCGGCGGAUAAGACUGUAUCAUUAUGGGAUGCUAGAACUGGGCUAUGUGUACAAACAUUCUACGGCCAUAUGCAUUCAUGUAAUGAUGCAGUUUUCAACCUAAAGGGCGAUACCAUUGCGUCGUGUGAUGCAUACGGAAUCGUAAAGUUCUGGAAUAUAGCAACAUCAUCAAUGCAGUUAUCUGUUGAUGUUGGUCCUCAUUCUGCUAACAAGAUUGCGUUUGACCCAACAGGUGUCUUACUCGCAGUAGCCUCCAAUGAUGGUAGUAUUAAGAUGGUUGAAGUAAAUACUGGAAAGGUUACGACAUUAAAUGGCCAUGAAGAUGCUGUGCAAACGGUUGCUUUCGAUCAAAGUGGUGAAUAUUUGUUAUCGGGAGGAUCCGAUGCUACUAUCCGUAUUUGGUCAUAA